CAGGACUCCUGGGUUCUCUCCCGGCUCUGGGAGGGGAGUGGUAGCUAGUGGUUAGAGCAGGGGGAUUGUCUCCUGCAGUCUAUGCCUGUGCUGCCCCUGCUCCCCGCAGCGCCCCCUGGUGGGUCUGGAGCAGCCAGGAGCUCCACCCUGCCCCCCCCCAGUCAUUAGUAUCGCUCCUCCCCAACACACCUGUGAGGGUGUGGAAAAGGGGAGGAGCCAAUACAAUGAUGUGUGCUGGGGGUGGGGCUUCAGGGGCACCUGGGGGAUGCUGGGCUGGCAGGGGACUCUGUCUGCUGGGGGCGGGGGAGGUAAUCCUAUGACCUUCCUCAUUCUGCUUCCCAGAGCAGGGAAGAGAACCCAGGAGUCCUGGCUCCCCGCCCCCCUUCUCCCAUGCCAGGUGUAAUAUUAGCUGUGACCUUUCCAGAGGGGCACAUGGGUCUGGGUGGAACAGCUCCCUGGUUUGUUUUGCUUCCACUGAGUCGAUGUUGGGCUGACCAAGCCGGCCUACCGAUACCCCCCACUGACCCCGACUCCCAGCCCCCCCUGCCCCCCAAGUCCUGAGCCAUGGAGCAAAAGCCAACUAGGAUACCAGCUGCUGUGCCUCAGUUUACCAAUUCACCCACCAUGGUGAUCCUGGUGGGGCUGCCAGCCCGUGGGAAGACCUAUAUCUCUAAGAAGCUGACCCACUACCUGAACUGGAUUGGGAUCUCCACCAAGGUGUUCAACGUGGGGCAGUACCGCCGCGAGGCCGUGCAGACCUACCAGAACUACGAGUUCUUCCGGCCAGAUAACCAGGAGGCCAUGCACAUUCGCAGGCAGUGCGCUCUGGCCGCUCUGAAAGAUGUCCACACUUACCUGAGCCGGGAGGAGGGACAGGUCGCGGUGUUUGAUGCCACCAACACGACCCGGGAGCGAAGGAACAUGAUCCUGCAGUUCGCCCGCGACCAUGGCUACAAGGUGUUUUUCAUCGAGUCCAUCUGUGAUGACCCAGAUAUCAUAGAGGAGAACAUCACACAAGUGAAGCUGAGCAGCCCGGACUACAAGGACUGUAACCGGGAGGAGGUGGUGGAGGAUUUCCUCAAGCGCAUCGAGUGCUACCAGCUCCACUACCAGCCCCUGGACGAUGAGCUGGACAGCGCCCUGUCCUACAUCAAGAUCUUCAACGUGGGGCUCCGGUACCUGGUGAACCGGGUGCAGGACCACGUGCAGAGCCGCACCGUGUAUUACCUGAUGAACAUCCACGUCACGCCGCGCGCCAUCUACCUGACCCGGCACGGCGAGAGCCAGCACAACCUGCAGGGGCGCAUCGGGGGCGACUCGGGGCUCUCCCCCCGCGGCAAGCAGUUUGCCUUGGCCCUGGCCAGCUUCAUCGAGAGCCAGAACAUCCGGGAGCUCAAGGUGUGGACCAGCCACAUGAAGCGGACGAUCCAGACGGCCGAGGCCCUGCAUGUGCCCUACGAGCAGUGGAAGGCGCUGAACGAGAUUGACGCGGUGAGAACCCAGGGUGUCUGUGAGGAGAUGUCCUAUGAGGAGAUCCAGGCCCAUCACCCGGAGGAGUUUGCCCUGCGUGAUCAAGACAAGUACCGAUACCGCUAUCCCAAAGGGGAGUCAUAUGAGGACCUGGUGCAGCGGCUGGAGCCCGUCAUCAUGGAGCUGGAGCGGCAGGAGAAUGUGCUGGUGAUCUGCCAUCAGGCCGUCAUGCGCUGCCUGCUGGCCUACUUCCUGGACAAGAGCGCAGAGGAGCUGCCCUAUCUGAAAUGCCCGCUGCACACCGUGCUCAAACUGACCCCCGUGGCAUACGGUUGUCAAGUGGAGUCCAUUUUCCUCAACGUGGAGGCUGUGAACACGCACCGGGAGCGCCCCCAGAAUGUCGACGUGACACGGGAGCCCGAGGAGGCACUGGGGACGGUGCCCCCCCACUAUUAAUUGCUUGUGCCCAUUAAAGCCAGCCCUCUCCUUUGCCA